UCUCACUUGCAGUGGACAUGGCAGAGUGCAUCUCCAAGCCUCCCUCCACCUGGCCCAUGGGCCCACAGCCCCCCAACACCUCCACUGCCUGCCCACUAGAACCUGUGAAUAUGGGGGUCUCAGAGCAGCAAAUGCCACUGGAGCAGCUCCCAUCCUCCCCAGAGCUGGGCGAAGAUGAGGAAGUCACCUCCCCGCCAGAUCCUGAUGUUCCCUAUCCUGACUUGGCCCCGGUCGUCUUCUUUUGCUUGAAGCAGACUACCAGCCCACGGAGCUGGUGCAUCAAAAUGGUGUGCAACCCUUGGUUUGAGUGUGUCAGCAUGAUGGUGAUUUUGCUAAACUGUGUCACCCUGGGGAUGUACCAACCGUGUGAGGAUAUGGACUGCCUUUCUGACAGGUGUAAAAUCUUGCAGGUAUUUGAUGAUUUCAUCUUCAUCUUCUUUGCAAUGGAAAUGGUGUUAAAGAUGGUGGCCCUGGGGAUCUUUGGCAAGAAGUGUUACCUUGGAGAUACCUGGAACCGCCUGGAUUUCUUCAUUGUCAUGGCUGGGAUGGUGGAGUACUCUCUGGAUCUCCAAAACAUUAACUUGUCUGCAAUCCGUACUGUCCGCGUCCUGAGACCCCUGAAAGCUAUCAACCGUGUGCCUAGCAUGCGCAUCCUUGUGAAUUUGCUCCUGGACACCUUGCCCAUGCUGGGGAACGUCCUCCUGCUCUGCUUCUUUGUCUUCUUCAUCUUCGGCAUCAUCGGGGUGCAGCUGUGGGCUGGGCUGCUCCGCAACCGCUGCUUCAUGGAGGAGAACUUCACAAUACAAGGUGACGUUGUCCUGCCCCCAUAUUAUCAGCCUGAGGAAGAUGAUGAGAUGCCCUUUAUCUGCUCACUGUCAGGAGACAAUGGAAUCAUGGGUUGUCAUGAGAUCCCACCCCUGAAGGAACGGGGCCACGAGUGUUGUCUGGACAAAGAUGAUUAUUAUUACUACAACUCAGUCCGGCAAGAGUUCAACGUCAGUGGCAUGUGUGUCAACUGGAACCAGUACUAUAACGUGUGCCGUACAGGCAAUGCCAAUCCGCACAAGGGUGCCAUCAACUUUGACAACAUUGGGUAUGCCUGGAUUGUGAUAUUUCAGGUGAUCACACUGGAAGGGUGGGUGGAGAUCAUGUACUAUGUGAUGGAUGCCCAUUCAUUCUACAAUUUUAUCUACUUUAUCUUGCUGAUAAUUGUGGGCUCCUUCUUCAUGAUCAAUCUGUGCCUGGUGGUCAUCGCCACACAGUUCUCAGAAACAAAGCAGAGGGAGCACCAGCUUAUGCAGGAGCAGCGGGCCCGAUACCUCUCCUCCAGCACCGUUGCCAGCUACAUGGAGCCCGGAGACUGCUACGAGGAGAUCUUCCAGUACGUCUGCCACAUCAUGCGCAAAGCUAAACGCCGCACCCUUGGGCUGUACAACAGCAUACAGAGCCGGCGCCAGGGCCACACGGAGCCGAGUGAUGCCCAGCGAGGUGCCAACAGGAAAAAACAGAGGCACUACAGUAAGGAUUGCACGGGAAUUUGCCAACAGCACAACCCUCUUGACUGCCCUCCUCAAGGCUUGGUCCAGCCCAUUGCUGUGACAGCAACCUCUGAUCUCACCAACUGCCCCCGAUGCCAUAGGGGGGAACAUGACACAUCCCGAAGGCUGUCUGUCCUGGACAGUGCUGACUCAGACCAGGAAGAUGGAGGAGACAGUGAAGCGGAGGGAGAAGGCUGCAGAGAUAACCAGAGUGCCUCAGCGCUGGAGAAAGAGGAAGAAGAGGUGGAGGAAGGUGGGAGGAUGAAGCUCUGUAACGACAUGUGGCGGGAAGUUAGGUUGAAGCUUAGAGGGAUCGUGGACAGCAAGUACUUCAACCGUGGGAUCAUGAUCGCGAUCCUUGUGAACACUAUCAGCAUGGGCAUCGAGCACCACGAGCAGCCAGAGGAACUGACCAACAUCUUGGAGAUCAGCAACGUUGUCUUUACAAGCAUGUUUGCCCUGGAGAUGAUCCUGAAACUUGCUGCCUUUGGCCUCUUUGAUUACCUUCGCAACCCCUACAAUAUCUUUGACAGUAUCAUCGUCAUCAUCAGCAUCUGGGAGAUCAUUGGUCAGUCGGAUGGGGGCCUCUCGGUGCUGAGGACAUUCCGUCUCCUGCGUGUGCUGAAGUUGGUACGUUUCAUGCCUGCAUUGCGCCGCCAGCUCGUGGUGCUGAUGAAGACUAUGGACAACGUAGCCACCUUCUGCAUGCUUCUCAUGCUUUUCAUCUUCAUUUUCAGUAUCUUGGGAAUGCACAUUUUUGGUUGCAAGUUCAGCCUGAGGACGGAUACAGGUGAUACAGUUCCUGAUCGGAAAAAUUUUGACUCCCUUCUGUGGGCCAUUGUUACUGUCUUCCAGAUAUUAACCCAGGAGGACUGGAAUGUUGUACUCUAUAAUGGCAUGGCCUCCACAUCACCAUGGGCAUCCCUUUACUUUGUGGCUCUUAUGACAUUUGGCAAUUAUGUGCUCUUCAAUCUGCUGGUGGCCAUCCUCGUGGAGGGGUUCCAGGCUGAGGGUGAUGCCAACCGAUCAUACUCAGAGGAAGAUCAGAGUUCGUCAAAUAUGGAGGAGUUAGAUCAGUUCCAAGAGAUCCAGGAAGGCUCAGGUAUGAUAGCUCAAACUGUCUCAUUUGCUCACAUCUCAUUGCUGCUUAGUGGGAAGUCUGAAAGCAGAUUUGGCAGAAAAUUGGCUCCCAUCUCCAAGGCAGAACUUACUUUCGUUUUGAACUUAAUGUUUGUGGUGUUACAUGUGGAAAUUUUGGAGCUGAACUGGCAUCCUGAGAAAAAUCCCAAGCUUUGUGCAAUUUCUGUGACACCAAAUGGCCACUUGGACCCAUCUUUGCCCUCUUCCAAUGCCCCAGUGGCUGCUGGGGGAGUCUCCAACUCCUCACGCAACUCCUUGCAGCCUGACCAGAUUCGUGUUGCUGUUGGCUCCCGGAAGAGCAGUGUGAUGUCCCUGGGGAGAAUGAACUAUGAUCAGCGAUCUUUGUCCAGCUCUCGCAGUUCCCACUAUGGUGCCUGGGGCCGCAGCGGGGCCUGGGGGAGCCGUCGUUCCAGCUGGAACAGCCUGGCCCGAGGACACAGCCUGAAGCACAAACCUCCCUCUGCUGAGCACGAGUCCCUCCUGUCCGGGGAGAGGCACAGGACAGGAGACAGGGAGCUGGAUGGAGCAGAGAGAGUGUUUCACCACCGCCGGACGCUCUCUCUGGACAACAAAGGCUCCUGUGACCUGCUAGAGUUGGCCUCCAUCCCAUCUGGCCACAGAGGGACCUGUAGGCCAGGGACAACGUCAGGGGGCAGUGAGCAUCAAGACUGCAAUGGCAAAAUGCCCAGUAUUGCGAAAGAGAUCUUCCCAAAAAUGAACAACCGCAAGGAACGGGGAGAGGAUGAUGAAGAGAUAGACUACAGCCUGUGUUUUCGCAUCCGGAAGAUGAUGGAAGUCUAUAAGCCAGACUGGUGUGAGUUACGGGAAGACUGGUCCAUAUAUCUCUUCUCUCCACAAAACAGGUUUCGCCUCCUCUGCCAAACCAUCAUUGCUCACAAACUCUUUGACUACGUUGUGUUGGCCUUCAUAUUCCUGAAUUGCAUCACCAUUGCUCUAGAGAGACCGCAGAUUGAACACAGAAGCACGGAGAGAAUCUUUCUCACUGUGUCCAACUACAUUUUCACAGCAAUUUUUGUAGCUGAGAUGACACUGAAGGUGGUCUCUCUAGGCCUGUAUUUUGGGGAUCAAGCUUAUCUUCGCAGCAGUUGGAAUGUCCUGGAUGGCUUCUUGGUCUUCGUGUCUCUCAUCGACAUUGUGGUCUCAGUGGCUUCUGCUGGCGGUGCCAAAAUCCUAGGGGUGCUGCGGGUCCUCCGGCUGCUGCGCACCUUACGGCCACUCCGAGUCAUCAGCCGAGCCCCUGGCCUCAAGCUGGUGGUGGAGACACUCAUUUCUUCCCUCAAGCCCAUAGGAAACAUUGUCCUCAUCUGCUGCGCUUUCUUCAUCAUCUUUGGCAUCCUGGGUGUACAGCUCUUCAAGGGCAAGUUCUACCACUGCCUAGGGGUUGACAUCAGGAACAUCACCAACCGGUCUGACUGCGUGGCUGCCAACUACAAGUGGGUGCACCACAAGUACAACUUCGACAACCUGGGACAGGCCCUGAUGUCUCUCUUUGUACUGGCUUCCAAGGAUGGCUGGGUCAAUAUUAUGUAUAAUGGACUAGAUGCUGUGGCUGUUGACCAGCAGCCAGUGACCAACAACAACCCCUGGAUGCUCCUCUACUUCAUCUCCUUCCUCCUCAUUGUCAGCUUCUUCGUGCUCAACAUGUUUGUGGGGGUAGUGGUGGAGAACUUCCACAAAUGCCGACAGCACCAGGAGGCCGAGGAGGCCCGCCGGCGAGAGGAGAAGCGCCUGCGGCGCCUGGAGAAGAAGCGAAGGAAGGCGCAGCGUUUGCCGUACUAUGCUACCUACUGCCCCAUACGCCUCCUUAUCCAUUCGGUCUGCACGAGCCACUAUUUGGACAUCUUCAUCACUUUCAUCAUCUGCCUCAACGUGGUCACCAUGUCCUUGGAGCACUACAACCAACCUGUGUCCCUGGAGACCGCUCUUAAAUACUGUAACUACCUGUUCACCACUGUGUUUGUGUUGGAGGCAGUUCUGAAGCUGGUGGCCUUUGGUCUGCGUCGAUUCUUCAAGGACAGGUGGAACCAGCUAGAUCUGGCCAUUGUGCUGCUGUCUGUCAUGGGCAUUACACUGGAAGAGAUUGAAAUCAAUGCGGCUCUUCCAAUUAACCCCACUAUCAUCAGGAUCAUGAGAGUGCUGCGCAUCGCCCGUGUUCUGAAGUUGUUGAAGAUGGCCACUGGAAUGCGAGCACUGCUGGAUACAGUCGUUCAAGCCUUACCACAGGUGGGGAACCUUGGACUGCUUUUCAUGCUCCUCUUUUUCAUCUAUGCUGCUCUAGGAGUGGAGCUCUUUGGAAAACUGGUAUGCAACGAUGAGAACCCCUGUGAAGGCAUGAGCCGUCAUGCUACCUUUGAGAACUUUGGGAUGGCUUUCCUUACACUCUUCCAGGUGUCCACGGGAGACAAUUGGAAUGGAAUCAUGAAGGAUACCUUACGCGACUGCAGCCAUGAUGACCGGAGCUGCCUCAGCAACCUGCAGUUCAUCUCCCCACUGUACUUUGUCAGCUUUGUGCUCACAGCCCAGUUUGUCCUCAUCAAUGUGGUGGUAGCUGUUCUCAUGAAACAUCUGGAUGACAGCAACAAGGAAGCCCAGGAGGAUGCAGAGAUGGAUGCUGAGAUUGAGCUGGAAUUUGCGCAUGGACUGUGCUCCCGCAAGUCAGGCUCCUCCAAAUCAAGGCAGGGAAAAGGAACAGGAACAGGAGGCAGUGGUGGGAGAACAGAGCCUGAAGGACGUAUGUGCACGAGAUGCUACUCUCCUGCCCAGGAGAACUUAUGGCUGGACAGUGUCUCUUUAAUUAUUAAGGACUCCUUCGACGGGGAGUUAAUGAUCAUCGAUAACCUAUCGGGCUCCGUCUUCCAUCAUUACUCCUCGCCGGCCAUGUGCGAGAAGUGUAACCAUGACAAGCAAGAGGUCCAGCUGGCUGAAAUGGAAGCAUUAUCCCUCAAUUCAGACAAGUCCUCUUCCAUCCUUCUAGGAGAUGAGUCAGAUAAUCGCAGCACCUAUCAGCUGAGUCCUAAGGAGACCAAGGACGGCCAGGACAGCCCUGACUCCACUGAGGCAGGAGAUCUAGGGGAAUGCUUGCUUCCAAUAUCCAGCACAGAUGGCUCCACAAACCCAGACAGUUACCUGUGUGAAAUAGAGAAAACUCCUUUCAACUCAGUCCAGUCUUGGCUAAAGCAUGAAGGUACCAAAGUCCCUUCCAGCCCCUUUUCUCCAGGUGCAUCCUGCCCUCUGUUACCUGUACCAGCAGAAUUUUUCCAUCCAGCCAUCUCUGCUGCCCAGACAGGGCCUGAGAAAGUCUCGUGUGCACAUAACCUUCCUAAGAUCUCUCUGCAAGGCUCAUGGGCAUCACUGAGAUCUCCAAGCGUGAACUGUUCACUUCUUCACCAGGCUCCUGAGAGCGACACAUCACUGGACAGUCGGAGCAGCAGCUCGGCGGGCAGCCUGCAAACCACACUGGAGGACAGCCUCAACCUCAGUGAUUCUCCCCAGUGUACCCUGGACCUCCCAGUGGCCCUGUGCCCCAUGCCGGCUGCUGGCGACCAAAGACCCCUGGCAGCCCCCCUGUCCCCCACCUCCCGUCGCCGCAGCCUACGGGGCCGGGGGCUCUUCACCCUGCGCAGCAUCCGUCGGCACCAGCGCAGCCACAGCAGUGGUGGGAGCACCAGCCCUGGUUGCACCCACCAUGACUCCAUGGACCCUUCGGAUGAGGAGGGGGCAGGAAGCAGUUUGCGGGGCGGAGGCAACAACAGCGAGCCCUCGGAGACCCUCAGCAGCCUCUCGCUGACCUCCCUUUUCUCGCCUCCGCCGCCGGGGCUGACGCUGGGGAAGAAGUGCAGUAGCACCAGCAGCCUCCACGCCAGCCCUUCGCUCCGCCGCCCCGCUGCCCACCACACCAAGCCCUUCUACACCGUUGAUCCCAAGGGCUUCCUCUCCAUGCCCUCCUGGGUGACGGACUUCUGCAAGGACACCCCUCCGCCAGUGCAAGGAGCAGAGCCCGACGGCCCCAGCAGACUGGGGACAGGGGAAUGCGGCUCCCCGCUGCCGUCCGAGCUGGAGCUGGGCGAUGGGGUCAGCAAGAGGAACAGAUGAGGGUCUCUGGGGCGUGGGGUGUGCAGAGUCUUUGGCCACCGGCACGGGGAGCACAUUUUGGCAGCUGCUCCCCAGCAGCGAUUCCAAAGGAUUUGGGGGAAA